AUGGAAAAAAGAGGGAGGCACCCAGCCCACCAGAAGACGGCGUUAGAAGAGGGAAGAAAGAAAAACAAGGCUGUUGCAGAGUCAACAAAUGUCACCUGUGACGCCUCAGAACAGCAGGAAGUGGGGGUGGAGGGAGAUGAAGGAUGGCUGAAACCACCGCAGCAAAAGAAGAAAGAGGCAAGAGAAGAAAAAAGAAAGUGA